AUGUCUACACCAGACGAUGCCAACCUCAGAGCCCUACUUCUUCUUUCUAAGGAGAGUCUUUUAGCACGUGCUCGCGAAAGCCUUCUCAGAGGUUUGCCCGAUGACGAUCUGGCCGAGUUAGUUGCGCAAAUGGUCAGCCGAGACAAGCCCCGAGGUGAUCUAGAAGAGAUCGCACGCAUGAUGCUAGAUGUCCUUGUAAGGCGUGAUGCUCAGAAUGAUGCCCUCCUCAGUCUCACUACGAAUGACAACUCCACUGCUGCAGCAAGCACUGAAGAGAUCCGAGUCAAGUAUACAUCAGAUGUAUCGCCGGAAAUCAGAACAUCUCAUGGUCGUCUGUCGAUGCGAAAGCGACCCGCUAGCGAGCAAUCUGUUUCUACCAUGGAAGAGACCGCAAGUGCAAAGCGUGCAAAACAUGAAGAUGAAGAUACGGCGCCUUCACUUCGUACUUGGGACCAAGAACAGAUAGCCGGAAAGACGGUACAAGUCGCCGGAGUUGUGUACUGGAAUCCCUACAAGGAGUGCUACUUCAAGCUAGCUCUUGAAAAUGACAAGGACCGUAUCGCCAACCUUAUCGCCGACGAAUUUGAUGCUGAAUAUCUUUCUGAAUCAGACCACAUCGACACAUGGAAAGAUAUGUUGAAGAAUCCAAAACACUACAUGAAAAAGCGAUGGUGCGUCGGCCGGGCUCUUAAUGAGAAAGAGGAAGAAUUCCUGGGUGACGAUAACAUGAGCACCAAAAAGACGACGUGUACAAGCUGCAUCCAGCAACAGCGGAUCUGUGCCCGCCUGGUCAAUUUCGCCGGAUCGAUUAAGCUUGCCUUCUUUCCCUUGCCACCCCAACUGCAAUGCGUUGAUGAGAUAGCCGAACAGGGUUUCUGGUCGCAGUCAUCAAAGUACGAUGAGGAUGAUUGCUCCGAGGAUGUUUCAGUCACUGGUCAGGAACGGGAUUAG